GCGUCGUUAAUAUGAUACACGUCUUUAAUCUGCUAUCAUGGCUCUUUAUUCUACUCGUCCUUGGUGUGACUGGUGUUUAUGCAGAUGUUGUGUUGGUGUCAGUGAUGGAAGACGAUUCAGUCACUCUACACACUGGUGUUGAAAAACCUACAGACAUUAAAUGGUAUUUUAAUGACACCCGCAUCGCUCAACUUGGAGAUGUCAGUAAUAUGUGUACAGAUGUUCAGUGUAAUAAUGGCACUGAGAGAUUCAAAGACAGACUGAAGCUGGACAAUCAGACUGGAGCUCUGACCAUCAUGAAUAUCAGAUACUCACACUCUGGAGAAUAUCGUCUAGUGGUCAAUGGCAAUGGCAAUGGGGGAAAGAUCUUUAAUGUUACAGUCCAUGAUAAUCCCGCUCGUUAUAAUCAAGUUAAGGAAACCCCGGGAGAAUCUGUCACUUUCAAUGCUGGCGUGAGAAGAGACCAAAUUGUUGUGCUGAAGUGUUUUUUUAAUGAUAUUUUCAUCUCUGAAAUCACUGGAGGUCAGAGUCAGAUCUGCACUGAUAUUCAGUGUAAAGAGAGAUUCACAGAGCGACUGAAACUAGACAGUGAAACUGGAUCUCUGACCCUCACGAACAUCAGAAACACAGACUCUGGAAAUUAUACAUUAGAGAUCAGCAUCCGCAGCGACAAACACUUCAGCAUCACCAGAAAGAAGAUAAUCAGUCUUACUGUCACUUCUCCUCCACCUUCACAUCUGUCUGGAGGUGCAAUAGCAGGAAUAGUUAUUCUGCUGGUUGUUGUCAUUGCUGCUUUUGUUAUUGCUGGUGGGAUUUAUCGCCGUCACCACAGAAAUGAACCACCAGUACAGCGUGAGGUUGUUGCUGGUGAUCCUAGUGGCAUUCCUUUGAGGGACAUGGGAGAUUCUUAA